AGUUUCAGAUAGACGUGUGACAAAACACGCCACACAGGCAACGACAAGUGAGCGGGCGACGCCGGUACAUUCUUCACGCCGCUUAGAAGCUCCCGUCACGAUGUCUCCGCUACCGUCGCUGCUGCUGACCGUGCUGAUGUCAGCGGGAGCCGUUCGCGCCGGCUGUCCGACCAAUGUCGACUGGGUCGAGUUCGAGGACUUCUGCUACUGGCGCUCCACGUAUCCUUCCACGUGGGCGGGGGCAGUCGCCGCAUGCCAGACCUUGGGCGAAAGCUCGCAGCUCGCCUCGAUUCACUCACUGGUCGAGAACUCGUUCAUCAUGCAGACCUACAACUAUGCCGAGACGUGGAUAGGCCUCAACGACAUCGACACCGAAGGCCAGUUCGUCUGGUCCGACGGCACAGACGUGGACUUCACAAACUGGCGGCCGGGGCAGCCGGAUAACCACGACAACGAGGACUGCGUGGAAGUGCCUGAUAUGAGGGACCCUACAGCCGAAAGGUGGAACGACGGCAAUUGCGACCUCGACUUCCACUUUAUCUGUAAGAUGCCAGCCUCCAGCUAAAUGUGCAUCAAUGCUGACGAAUGACGAUAAAUAUGACUGGUUAUGAAUGAAUACGCGCGAAAAGUCACACGUCGGUGCAGAGUAGUCGUUUUUUUUGUUGAUAACGUCACUGGUUUUAUUGCUUCAGUUAUAAAUACAAAAUUGGUCCCCUCGCUUUCGACGCCCAUGACUCGUGAGUCCAUUACAAAAGCCCCUGUGGUCACCAAUGUUUCCAUUUACAGCCCUAAAUACAAUACCAGCCAUUUCCAGUGUCUGUCGGCGCUGCGGCGUUCAUGGCGCGGCGGUGACAGUGCCGAAUCACUGUCGCUCUGUUUCUGUAAGCACCCGCCCGGGGGGCAGUGUCGGGAGCGUGAGAGCCGACCGUGCAGCGCGCAGCGGGACCGCCCGCCGCGCCGCCGCCGCCGCCGCGCCGUUCAUUCAGUCGCCGCGUCGCCGACACGAUGAAUGGCGCGCCGGUGCGCCGCCACUCGCCACCUCUGCGCCACCGUGGCCGCCGGCACGGCACAGUGAUUGUGCACGAUGUGAGCGUGUGUUGUGCACACCGCCUUCAGUAGAGUAGAACAUAUAUGUGCAUUGUGCAUCUUUCAAGCUUGUUUGGGUGUGACAACUACUACUCGUACAAAAUCGAUGCAAAAAAAAAAAAAAACACGGCAUGAUUUGACCACCCAGCUACAGAGAUGAGCCCUAAAAUACAUUUUUGAAAUUAUUUUAGCAUUCCAAAUGGCUACAACCAUGAUAAGCCCUGCUGAAUUCAUGAGUUUGACAGCAUUAAUCAGAAAUAACAAAAUAUCAAUUGUGUUGUUGGUCUGGCCUGAUCAAUGCUCUGCCGCACUGGUCUGCUGGUGAACGGUGACCGUCGGGCAUUCGAGCGAUAAACAGGUGACAGGUUAUUCCUAGAGGGGUUGGUGUGCAGUUUGUUGUGACGGAGCGCAGUGUAUAUGCAUGUAUGUAUGUAAUACAUUGGCCUAAAAUUAAAAAUCCAUACACCGGGACUGAGUGGCCUUUCGGGAUUUGCGUCGCUACAGCAUGGUACAGCAUAGAACGAGGCAUUAAACACUGUAAAAGUGAUACAAAGAUAAGGGUCAUAAAUACAUAUAAAUGCUG